AGAAGGGUGGGGACAGCCGCUUGGAAGUGCGCAAGCGCAUUUGUCAGCUGAUUGGACGUGGUUGUCACAUGAAACAACAAAACCAGGAAUCGGGAGUUUGCUGUAGCCGGAGAAAUGACUGUACGUGGUUUGUGGAUUAUUUCUCACGAGAAUGGAGGAAAUCUGUCAAUACGCUUUUCUAGGAGGUUUUCCACCGUGGAGCACCGUGCAAAGAGCCUGGCAGGUUCCUCAUAUGUAGCAGUCCCAGAGGAGAGUACUUUCCUGCAGCUCCUGCUCACUGAGCUGGGGCUUUCAGACUCAGGUAAGAAUUAUGUAGCCCUCAGAGAUGACUGUCUUUACCGUCCACGGUCACCAGCCCUGGAGCUGCAUGUGGAUGGACCUGCAAAAGGAAUACUUUGGCCUGUGUUGACUGUCUCGCAAGGGCCUCUCAUUCUGGCGUGUCUGCCUUUAGUGGAUGUCCCUCCUGAUCCGCGGCCACCUCUGGCCAGUCUGCUGUCAGUCUCACAGGGUCUCACACUUCUGGCAGGCCUACAGACUUUUCUCCUUGGCUCAGGGAGUAAGCCUGAUAGUGAAGGGCUUGGCUCUCGUCUGGCAAUGGUGCCCUCAGUCCUCCUGCAGGUUUGUCCACUUGGCACACCCCUUGAUGUCCCCCUACCUGGGACACCCACAGCGCCCACUUCUGUUGGAACUCAGAAACAGCCAGCCUGGAAGACAGGACUACACCGAGGUCGAGCUGUGGUUAACGUUGGACUGAUAGAAACAGUGCGGUCCAUGCAGUAUGGUAAUCGAAGCAGACAGGACCUCUGGGAUGUUUAUGGCACCGUGACAUGCAAAUGUGAAGUGGAGGGGGUGCUCCCAAAUGUGACAGUGACUCUAUCACUGCCACCAAAUGGUUCUCCACUGCAGGACAUCCUGGUCCAUCCCUGUGUCACAUCUCUGGAUUCGAGUAUCCUGACUGCCAGCAGUGUGGAUAAUUAUGAUGGCUCAGCUUUCUCCGGGCCAUACAAGUUUCCCUUUUCCCCUCCUCUAGAGCCCUUCAGACUAUGCAGCUAUACUUCUGAGGUUCCUGUUCCACCCAUACUUGGUUCAUACCAACUAAAGGAAGAGGAGAACCAGCUUCGCGUGUCAGUAACCCUCAAACUUCAUGAGAGUAUAAAGAACAGUUUUGAGUUCUGUAAUGCUCACCUGCCAUUCUUUAACAGGGAUCAAAUGGGUGUUGUAGAUAUGAAGGUAAGCUCUGGACAGUUGGAUGUUUCAAAAGAGAAAAACCUGCUUGUCUGGGUCCUGGGGCAAAAGUUCCCAAAGUCUCGUGAGGUUACGAUGGAGGGUAAGAUCAACUUUUCUGGACCAACACCAGGACCUUCUGACCCACUCUGCACAAAACUUACUGCUUAUGUCAAAUUGCAUUUCAAAGUGCCUGACAUGACGUUGUCUGGGUGUUAUGUUGACCAGCAUUCGGUGCAGGUUUAUUCUUCUGCCAAGCCACGGAUUGUAACAUCCCGAGAACUUCAGUCCAAAGAGUACUACAUAUGGAAUUCAACAGGUACAGCUCCGGUAUCUUCUGGACAGAUGAUGAUGUAGGAUGGAUUCACAAAGAGGGGCUUUGUGGACACUGCACUGUGUAUUAAAGAGACUGAAAAUACUGUAACGCACACACAGUGAUGUACGACCCAGGACCCAGCGUCCCGGGUACAGCUGAAAGUAAAGAAUUUUGACCCAGUUAAAUUAUUAUUAUGGUACCCUGUUUUACAGGAGAGUUAUUAUCUAUUAUCUACUCACAUGUGCAAAGGCACUUCACAAUAUGCAAAAAUCAACUGGAUUACUGCUUUUAAAGAACUACCUGCACCUGCAGUUCAACUUCUUUUAUCCCCCAGUCUGCCGCAGAUAUAUCCCAUUGCAGACACAAGGGCCACCCCUUGCUCUGACAGUCGCACUUCAGUGACUCUCCAUCAGCCGGAUAAUUAGCAGCUGGGGCCUUGUCAUCAGCUGUUGUAGGCCUGGAGUAGAGGGGCGGCUGGACUGUGAAAGGGAAGCCUGAUUCGGCCAGUGUCUUGGCGACAAAACCUUCUCUUUUGAGCUGGCAGGAGUCCACACCCAUACCAAUCACUGGCCCCCACCUCUUUUGACCUCAGCUUUGCCCUGUCAACUAGUAGCUAGCUGAAACACACAAACUCUCCAGCCUGACUGUGAUUGAGCGCUGACCCUCGGGCCCUUUGAGACUUGAAAGCUGUCGGUCUCAUUCUGUGAGCAGGACCUGCCUAAUUGGUGAAAAAGUCACAAGGAUGGUAACUGUUGAGUUGCCUCUCGAGGUUACAGAGGAGGUUUUUUAACUAAUUUAUGGUGCAGCCUGCUGUAAA